CUUAUAAACCCAAAAUGGGUUUUUGGUGAUUCAGAUAGAGCAUAAAAAGUUGGUUAGUAACUUCUAGAUUAGUUUUUGCGUUAAAAUUUUAAUUUCGGAGUUACGAUGGCUCAAACAGCAAAAUUUGACCAUUUUUCAAAAAAAAGUAGCGCGACGCAAAUAUCACCAAAGAGCCUGGAUCCCAGGAACUCAUCUUCUACAGCAAUCACACUUUUGUAUUGCGAGACUGUAUAUCUUGAGAGUUUUCUGCUUAAAAUGCCCGAACGUUGCGUUGUUUUUGGGUGUUCUAACACGGCAGACGCGGAGAAUGGUAUUUUUCUAUACCAGAUACCUUUUUGGAACGAAAACGCGACCGUAGCAGCGAAACGAAGGCGAAUAUGGGUGAACUUCAUUCGACGCAGAAGAGACAAAUGGACGCCAACACCCUCAUCAGUUGUUUGCUCAAAGCACUUCACGAACGACUGUUUCGAGUACGGUUCUGCUACAGUUUCAAAGUAUAAGACCCCUAGACUAAAAAGGGAUGAGUUGGGAGUUUCUGUGUACCCUACAUUGCAAGCAAAUCAAAUUUUGGGCAGCACAGAAAGUGAACGCACAAAACGCAUGAAGCGAAGAGAGACUAUAACAGAAUCGCCAACAACUUCGUCAAAAAUUUCUGGCGUAACUGAUGAAUUGAAAGCUACGACGGAAAGUGUUGUCUUCCCGACGGAUGUUAUGGAACACGAAUCAAUGAUUGGGGCAUCACCACAGUCACCACACAAGUGCAGAAAUUGUGAUUUGUUAAAGAAGGAAAACAAGCGAAUCCGUAACUGUUGGGAAACAUCAAAACAAAAGCUGGCAGGUGUGAGAAAAGAAUUGGAUAUUCUUAGGGGUGCAACAGGUGUAAGUAGUGAUGAUGAUGAGGAAGUUGAGAGCAAUGAUGAGGAAGAUCACAAAUCUGAAGAUGAGACAGAGGGGCCUUCUGAUGAUAUGUAUGAAGAUGCAGAAAUUGAGACAGAGACAGAUACAGCAGAUACUGAUACUGAUGAAGACAUUAAUGUGCCUUCACAUAGGGUUCCUGUGAAGGAAUACGGUUUACAAAGGGAGCCAAAGUUCAUUGUAUUCCUUACCCAAUUAUUGACGCUCUUUCAAAUCUGCCGUGUGUGCAAAAGUGACAAGACAUUGGUUGAGGUUAACUCUCAUGGGACAAUGGCUGAGGUUAAAACAACAUGUGUCAACCCUGAUUGUGGAAAACAAACAACAUGGCUAAGUCAACCUUAUUUUCCUGGGACAAGAAUUGCAGCUGGCAAUUUGUUGCUUAGUUUUGGAAUCCUUGUCGCAGGAACAUCAGCAACUAAAGUUUUUAGGGUGCUGAAGCACAUGGGCAUGACCUGUUUUUCUGUAACAACUUUCUUCAAACAUCAACGUGAAAUAUUGUUUCCAUCAAUAUAUCUUCACUGGAAAAAGUACCAGGCUGCAUUGGUGGAUAAAGUAAAAGGAUAUGGGGAAAUAGUAAUCGCUGGUGAUGGCCGACAUGACAGUAUGGGUCACAGUGCAAAGUACUGUGCAUACACUGUAUUCUGCUGCACUGUACCUUUUAUAAUCCAUUUUGCGAUUGUACAGAGAAAUGAAGUUGGCAGUAGUCCAGCAAUGGAAUAUGCUGGGUUUUGUCGUUGCAUGGAAUAUAUACUUGGUUUAAGUCUUGUGGUGAAGACAUUCAUAUCUGAUAGACACUCAACAAUAGCCAAGCAUAUGAGAGAGAAGUUGUCAAACAUCACUCAUUACUUUGACAUUUGGCAUCUUAAGAAAAAGGUCACAAAAGUACUCACAAAAGUUGCAAAAGUGAGUGGGUGUGAAGCAGUUGCUGAAUGGAUAAAGCCUUGUACUAACCAUUUAUACUGGAGUGCAAGAACUACACAUGAUGGGAAUGGUGAAGUUAUUUGGGCUAAGUUCUCAUCAUUUUUAAGUCAUGUGGUUAAUGAGCACAAAAAUCUUGAGAAUCCGUUGUUCAACAAAUGUGGGCAUAAAGAGACAAUUGAGCCACGGAAAUGGUUAGAUAAAGAUUCAGUUGCCUAUGAGAAAAUGCAGUCAUCUCUUACUAACAAAAGGCUGAUAAAAGGAAUAAAGCAUGCAUCUCCAAUGGACCAAACAAGUUGCCUAGAAGGAUUCCAUUCUGUGCUGAACCAAUUCUCUCCCAAGAUGAUAGGCUAUACCUACAGAGGAAUGUUUUGCAGACAUGCAUUAGCAGUCAUGCACUUUAAUCAGAAUCUGUCUCGGGAAGCAAGAUUGAAAAAUGGUGUUGAACAAUACAAUGUUGUUUAUCCCAAGUUCAUGAAUGGGGAAGCAGUUGUCAGAAAAGUUCCAGUAAAGCAAAACUUUGAUUAUGUGGAUAAAAUAUAUCAAACCAUGUUAGAGGCUAUUGCGAAUAAAAAACUGGAAGAUGCAAUAGAUGACCUAAACGAAAAAACACCACCACCCAUGAAUACCAUGCUAAGUAAGCAGUCAAGAGAAGAAGCAAUACAAAAAAAGAAAACAAGGGAUGCAAUGCAACUUUCUGAUGUUCCUCCAACAAACCCAGUUCCCACUGUUGAAGUUGGAACCCAAAGUCAUGCUUUAAAACAAAGAAAUGCACCAAAAUGUAGGCUGUGCAAGCAGCCAAUGAAAGGUCACAAAAAUGUUGUUGACUGUCCAAAAAAUAAAAAGAUUAACAAUAUUUUUAUUUGCAUUUGUUCAUACAUUUUUACACAAUUUACAUUUGAACCAAAGCAAUAUUAUUCGCUUUCUUCAUCUGUCUCCAGUUCUUCAUAGCCAGUGAAUGCACCAUCCAUGGG